UCUCGUCUUCCUAAUUCAAGCCUCUGAUUUCUGUCUCCGCACAGAAACCUCUCGUUCUCUUCGAUAGAUAUUCUAGGGGUUUCUCUGUGCGUGGUGACCGGACCAAGGCUAGGUAAGCUCCGACUGAAAAGCGCGGGUUCAUGCAACACUCUGGUUCUCAAUGACUGUUAGUUGGGGGUAAUCGCUCAAUUUUGUUUGGUUGGAACAAGAGUGCUGCUGUUUUAUGGACAUCCAGUAGAGGUACUGCUGCUUUUCACUGUUGAAUGAUAAUUGACCCCAUUGGUUAUCUUUUUAUUGGGGUUGUGCUUUUGUUUUAGGGUUGAAUUUUGAGAAAUGGGUGACGGAGUGGAAGCUAAACCAUCCUUUUGGAUAGAGGAAAGCAAUGGGGAACCAUUGCCUCGUUUAAGUAUGAAAAGGAAGGCCAGGUCGAAGAGAAUGAGAUUUAUUGGUUGGGGAUCGGAACAACUCAUUGAAUUUCUUCAGUCGAUUGGGGAAGAUACUAACAAACAGUUAUCUCAAUAUGAUGUUACGGACAUUAUCAAUAAAUAUGUCAAUGUCAACAGUCUAAGUGACCCGAACAAAAAGAAGAAAAUUAAUUGCGAUGAGAAACUUUAUUCUCUUUUCGGAAGGAAAACAAUAGUCCGAGUCAGAAUACAUGACAUGUUGGAAUCGCACUUUGCUGAAAACCAAGAGGAAUCACCUGAUAAUUUUUCAUGCAGUUCAGAAGAUGAGCAUGCCGGGAGGGCAAAUGGACAGAAAAAUAUAUGGAGUUCAGAGAGAAAAACUCCUUACGAGAAGAAAGUUUUGGAGGCUCCAAAAAGCAUUUUUGCUGCCAUAGUUCCUGAUAAUCUCAAGCUUGUAUAUUUGAAAAAGAGUUUAGUUCAGAAACUCCUGAAGGACCCCGAAACAGUUGAAGGUAAACUAGUGGGAAGCUUUGUAAGGGUUAAAUCUGAUCCAAAUGAUUAUUAUCAGAAAAAUUCUCACCAGCUCCUGCAAGUUACAGGGUUAAAGAAGACCUCUCAAACCAAUAGCACGAGCACAGGGACCAACUGUAUGAGCUCAGAAAUCACUCUUCAAGCCUCAAAUUAUGUAAAAGACAUUUGUGUUUCCAUGCUCUCAGAUGAUAACUUCUCUCAGGAAGAAUGUGAAGAUUUGCAUCAGAGAGUCAAAGAUGGUUUGCUCAGGAGGCCAAUGAUCGUGGAGCUUGAGGCAAAGGCCCAAAUUUUGCAUGAAGAUAUAACUAGACAUAAUGGUGGUUGUUCCAGUGGCUCGUGGGAGAACUUGCUUUGUUACAAAAACGCAUUGAUCGAGCAAAUGAAAAGGGAUGGCGAAGAGAUGUAUGAGUACCUGGAGAGAAGACAAGUGCUUCAGUCACCUGAUGAGCAGACACGGUUAUUGUCUGAGGUACCUAAGGUCAUUGCUGAUUGUUCAGAAGCUGAGGUUGUAACACCAGAUGUUCCAGAUGCAGUAGAACAAAGGAAUGAUCGCUCAGCAAAACCAGCAGUACUGACGGGAGCAUGUGAAAUCAGUACCAGUAAUGUGGCUGUGGCCACAGCUGGAACACUUUCAACUAAGAUGUAUUUUAGCAUGGAUCCUGGAGAAACUGAAGUUGUAACACCAGAUUUUCCAGAUGCAAUAGAACAAAGGAACAAUGGUUCAGCAAAACUGGCAGUACUGACGGGAGCUUGUGAAAUCAGUACCAGUAAUGUGGCCACAGCUGGAACAUUUUCAACUAAGAUGUAUUUUAGCACGGAUCCUGGAGAGGAUCUCCAUGCUCCUGCUCAAGUAGAGCGAAAGCUGUCGACAGAGAGCAUAAGUGAGAGCAAUGACGACAUAGAGCUUCAGAAGCAACAACCAGAAAGCAAAAUAAAGAUGGACAGUAAGGUACAGCCUGUGGAUAUAGAGAACGGCUCCAAUGGUGUCAUAAACAGGGAGGUGAUUGAGUUGAGUGACGAUGAAGAAAGUGCAGAUUCACAUUGCAAUGGCCAGAACCUUGAGCAAGACAUGACAAGCGAGUUAUGGCACUAUCUGGAUCCUCAAGGCGAUAUCCAGGGCCCCUUUGCACUCUCAUCGCUAAGACGUUGGAGUGAAGCCAACUACUUUCCUCCAGAUUUCAAGAUCUGGAAGAGCGGUCAGACCCAACACAAAGCUGUAUUGUUGAGAGACAUUCUCUGAUAUAGCUUAAAUGGUAGAAACCAAGUUUAUGGUGUAUGAUAGUUCCUUGGUUUUUGUAGACUUUAUUUGAAAUCCUUGUUUGUCUCUGGGAUAUUUAUUUCCCAAAAAUAAUGUUGAUUGAUGAUGGUGACAAUAAGAUUUCUUUUCUUUUAUCGUU